UUUACGGCGCGAAGCGAGUGCGGAAUGCGCGUCCUGUGCGGGAAAAGUUGCGGGAGUAACCUGCAGUUUUGAGACUUUUGGAGAGGGCCGGGCCGCUGGACACCAUGCACACGGAUGUGGUGCUGCUCAACCUGCUGGUCUGGAUGGUCGGUGUGUCCGGGCAGACGCGUGCCAAAGGACAAAUGCUGCAGCCAUACCGACUCGUCAGGUCGAAAAGAGAAAUACCUCUAACAGAAGCUUCCAGUCGCAAGAUUGGCAGCCCCAUGAUUAAAAGAAGUCCAGAUAUAACUAAAGCCUGGAAUACAAAGUCAGAGCAGCUGCUGAGGAUAGACGACCACGACUUUACAAUGCGACCAGGAUUUGGAGGGCCUGCAGUCCCUGUCGGAGUGGAUGUUCAGGUUGAAAGUUUGGAUGCUAUUUCAGAGGUCGAUAUGGACUUUACUAUGACCCUGUAUCUGAGGCACUAUUGGAAAGAUGAACGUCUGUCCUUCAAAAGCAACAACAACCUAAGCAUGACCUUCGAUGGCCGCCUGGUGAAGAAAAUCUGGGUACCUGACAUGUUUUUUGUCCACUCUAAGAGGUCCUUCACCCAUGACACCACCACUGAAAACGUCAUGCUGCGAGUUUACCCAGAUGGCAAAGUCCUCUACAGCCUCCGGGUGACAGUCACAGCCAUGUGCAGCAUGGACCUGAGUCGCUUCCCUCUCGAUACACAGACUUGCUCUUUGGAGAUAGAGAGCUAUGCUUAUACAGAUGAUGACCUGAUGCUGUACUGGAAGGAAGGGAACAGGUCGUUAAACACAGAUGAAAGAAUUUCUCUCUCACAGUUCCUCAUCCAGGAAUUCCACACCACCACCAAGCUGGCCUUCUACAGCAGCACAGGCUGGUACAACCGUCUGUACAUCAACUUCACUCUGCGGCGGCACGUCUUCUUUUUCCUGCUGCAGACCUACUUCCCAGCCACUCUGAUGGUCAUGCUGUCCUGGGUGUCGUUCUGGAUUGACCGCAGGGCCGUCCCUGCUAGAGUGCCACUAGGUAUAACUACGGUGCUCACCAUGUCCACCAUCAUCACGGGAGUCAAUGCCUCCAUGCCCAGGGUCUCCUACAUCAAAGCUGUGGACAUUUACCUGUGGGUCAGUUUUGUCUUUGUGUUCCUGUCCGUGUUAGAGUACGCUGCAGUCAACUACCUGUCUACUCUACAAGAACGCAAGGAAAGGGCACUCCGGGAGAGGCUGCCGUGUACCUGUGGUAUGGCCCAUCCUGGCAUGAUGUCAGCCAGCUACAGUGAGGUGGAUGCCAACACAACAGGGAACUACGGCAUGCCAGAAGAGAAUGGGGUAAAGCAGGAGAGGAUGCUGGUGCAGCUGGCGAUGGAGACCGACCAGGUCACUGGCCAUGUUGGCUCUGGCGCCUACAACAACGUCUGGAUCGACACGCAUGCCAUAGACAAAUACUCCCGGGUCAUCUUUCCUGGAUCUUACAUCCUCUUCAACAUCAUCUACUGGUCUAUCUACUCCUAACACAGAUGGGACUCAAACCAGAGGUGUGAACACUUCUGGCAGAAAUGUGAAAUAUCUGCCUCCCUGCUUGUCAAAGUGAGUAACUGAUGCACUUGAGUGGAGACUUGGGCACUCAGCUUGCAGAUUCAGGCUUUUGUGUCUUCAAAUUUGAAAGAUGGAAGAUGGAACAGUCCAAUCCAAAGAAAGACCAGUGUACAGUAGAGGUCUUCAGGCAGACCUGAACCCCCAUGCACAUUCAACCUUCCCUCUGUCCUCAGGUCUCUGCAAACUUUUGACAGGACAGAACCUCAGGGACCUGGAACAGUCUUACAGGACCACAUACAGCUGAAACUUUAGUCUGCCAAAUAAAGCACAAUAUUAUCCAAUGUGGCUUCAUCUUGAUACAUAUUGUUUACCAUGAUGUGUACUUUUGGGGCGUCAAAUGUUUUGUCACAGUGCCACUUUGUCUGAAAAGUUUGAAUUUAAGAGGUUGUUACCAGUUAUUGGUUAGAGGUUUCUCAACUGGUUCAGAGCUCAAUAAAUUCUUCAAUCAAGGGCUUGAGACAAAUAGAAGGCAAUGCGUCAGUAAAUUCUGAGGGGGAACUUUUUUGGUAUUGGUUUAUGUGCAGUUUUCUUAUAUAUGAAAGGACAGGUUCACUUUCGCAGGGCCCUGUUAUAAUCAACAAGCGCACUGGCAAGCGCAAAGCAGUAGGUCUAGUGUGCAAGGACUGUGUGAGCAUUUCCAAGACACAUGACGACAGCAGCUCAACAAAUGGAGAGAUGCUUUUUCAGGAAAUCAUAUUGUUGCCUGUAUGGCAGAGAUGUUCUGAUACCAUUAUUUUCUUCUGAAUACUGAUUACUAUACCUGAACCUAUACCUGAACUUGUGUAUGGGACGAUACCAAAUACCAUUUCCAUAACGGUGAGUUAAAAAAGAAUAAAAAAUAAAAAUAAGUGCUGUAUACCGCUAACCCUGUAUGGGUGUAAAUAAUUGCUAUUAUUGUUGAAUGGCAUGGCCUUUGUAAAACAUGAACAAAUACAAACAUAGAAUGAAUGCCAUAGACCUUUCUUUUAUUAUUGAAUUUGACAUUUUGCUUCUGGCUAACAAACUAUUUACUGUAAAUCAAUUUGUCGUCGCUCAAAAACAGUACUUGCCAUUAGCAGCACAGCGCAACUCGUGUAGGCUACUGUUUCAAAGCGGUGAAGAACAACUGAUUUUUGGAAAAACUGUCACUUUAUUUCACUUACAUUUUAAUAAAUCACGUGGUAUUGGAUCGGUGCAUUGCAAUCCUAACAUUUUAAGCAGUGUUAGAGGCAUGUCCGAUGCCGGUAUCAAUGUGGGAACAAUUUUACUGGAUGGUGCAAUGCAUCAAGAUGUGAAACAGCUCCAACGUGUGCUUUCCCAUCAUUAAAUGAUGGGAAAGCACACGUUGGUGGGAAAGCACACGUUGGACAUCUUGAUGCAUCUUGAUGCAUUAGUACAACAGCCAAACAAGAAAAUUGUAUCUGAGCAAUGAAUCUGAAUUGAGCACUAAAGCUUGUUAUGUGACUGUAGUCAGUGACUUAACUGUCAGUCCAACUGAGUUCAUGUUUGCGGACCAAAACUAAGAGGCAACAAUGUGUCAUUGAUAUUCUUUGGUCUGGACCAACUGAACAGAACUACAGUGUAUUGCAGGCUUUUGAACUAGAGAGGACCUCUAGUGUGCAGGGACAGGACUAAAGAAAGCUGCAGUCUCAGAAAGUCACUUCAUUCAUUCUAAGGAGAUUUAUUUAUAAAUAUUUGUAAUGUGUGCAGAACACUAAAUUAUUAAACAGUUAAGCUGAAUUGAUACCUAUGGUGAAACUUGAAAGCAUAAAAUCUUUCAUUUCAAAAACAUGCAGUUUUACAAGGACAAACUGCAGCCCAGUCGCCAGAAGAUAAUGGUGCCAUUGUACAAUUCUGCAAACCACGAAUAUGUCAUUCUUUUUCUAGCAGCUUUUUGGCUACCAAAUAUCUUCUUUUUAAGUAACUUGUUGUUGUUUUUCCAGAGUUGUUUAAGCCAUCAAACGUGGGUGUCUUUAGCAACUUGUUCUUGUUUUUCCAGAGGCUUUUAAGCCACCCAUUAUGGAUGUUUUCAGCAACCUGUCACUGUUUUUCCAGAGGCUUUUUGGCCACCAAGCGUGUAUGUUUUUAGCAACUUGUUCUUGUUUUCCCAGAGGCUUUUAAGCCACCAAGCAUGGCUGGUUUUAGCAACCUGUCACUGUUUUUCCAGAGGCUUCUUUAGCCACCAAACAUGGGUGUUUUUUUAGCAAUGUGUCAUUGUUUUUCCAGCAGCUUUUUAGUCACCAAACAUGGAUGUUUUUUAGCAACCUGUAAUUGUUUUUCCAGCGGCUUUUUAGUCACCAAACCAAAACUGGCUGUAAUUUAGUGAAUUAUGACUGUGUUUUCACACUGUGUUUUCGGAUUUUUAGGCUUAGAUUUUCUGUUGUGACCACUGUUUUUCCAGCGGGGAUAGUGGCGCAAAAAGCCGUUUGUAUUUAAAGAGACAUUGCUGGGGAUUGUGCCCCCAAAAGAGAGUAUUUUAAGCCAAAACAUGAUCUUUUCCUAUCCAUAACCAAGUGGCUUUUGUGCCUAAACCUACCACGUUAACCACAGCGCUGUUAAAACGUAUCUUCUACGUAAUAAUGUGCAAUGUCACAUUUCCGUGGUUUGCAGACAAUGGGAAUAUUUUUUCUGGCGAUUGGGCUGUAAUCUGUUAUGAAAAAACAUGCUCUGUAGAUGAUUUAUAACUCAAGGUGUAGUGUGUUGCACGGCUCUUCAUUUGACACAAGGUAUCAGAUGGACAAACCUGUAGCAUCUGUUUUUAUCAAAAGUUCUUUUAUGUGGCUCAGAUAUUGUGUUGGUUAUAGUGAAAAGUUUGGUAAUUAUUAAUUAACAGAAUCAAGGUGAGUUUGUGUUUAAACAGCAGCAGUUUGUGCUGUAAAUCCUGUUUUUUGUUUAUUUUUUUUUAAGUUAAAUCUUCAGGGUGUCGUGGUUUAACGUCAUUGUUUGCUCAGUUGACCUUUUUUCUAGAUAUGCUCUGAGUUACACUCGGUAGCAGUCAUGGACAUCAGUGUCAUUCUCAUAUGGAACUGGAGCUUUUUCUACUUUCACAUCUCCAUCUCCUCUAACUCCUCUCAUCAACAUAGUGGCAUAUUAAAUCAUGUAUUGACUCUGUGCUAAGUCAGUG